AUGAGAAGAGCCACUAUGCUAAGCUAUUCAAGCUUCGAGAGAAAAUUCGUUAAAAUGAGCCUCAUCUAUGGUGCUAUAAGAGGUUUUACUAGCUGUGCUAGGAGGAGUGGUGUUAAAGUGGAUAGAAAUAUUCCACAACUGACUCGAAAGAAAGCUUGGGAAAGAGCUGGUGAGGAUAAAGAAGCUUGGUUCAAGAGGAAAUAUGCUCAUGUUCAUGCUAAACAGAAGCAACAGCAGGAGCCCAGAGAUCCAUUCGGUAAGAGGAAAGCUCAUGAGCUGAGAUUGAAGGAGAAUCAACGACGUAUGGAGCAGGAAAGGACAACACACGUGCAUAAAUUCGAGAAGAAGAACGCUACGCAGGGCUUAAGACCCAAUCCAUUGAUGGAAUACGUUUACGGUACAAAUAGUGUACUUGCAGCAUUACAAGGUAAUAAGAGGGAGUAUUAUUCUAGGUUACUUCAUUAUGGACAAUUAGAUCCGAGAUUACAAAAAUUGGCCAAGUCCCGUAAUGUAGAAUUGGUAGAGACUGAUAAGCAUCGUCUCAAUCUAAUGACUAAUUAUGCAGUGCAUAACAACAUCAUACUAGAAACGAAACCUUUACAACCCCCAGAAAUCUCUCAUUUACAAAUGGUAAAUCCUGAAUCAGGUACUAUACAAUACAGCGAGCUUGCAUUUGAAGAUGAAAAAAUCACACAAGAGAUGCCAUAUGGAGUCAAAAACGGUAAGAACUUCCCGUUAGGAAUUUAUCUGGAUGAAGUGGUUGAUCCCCAUAAUAUUGGUGCCAUUAUGAGAAGUGCUUAUUUCUUGGGAGCAGAUUUUAUAGUGAUGUCGCGAAAGAAUUGUGCACCACUAUCAGCUGCGGUCUCCAAAACUAGUAGUGGUGCUAUAGAACUGCUACCAAUUUUUUAUGUGGAUAAGCCCUUGUCGUUUUUCUCUGAAUCUCAGCAAGGCGGUGGCUGGACAUUUGUUACUGCAGGAUUAACGGACUUCACACAGAAGGACAAGAAAUUUAACAGCGGUAAAAUAUUAGAAUUAAACGAUUUAGAAGGCUUAUGUGAACAGGUCCCUGUGGUAUUAGUGGUUGGUAAUGAAGGUAGCGGUGUAAGAACGAAUUUAAAAAUGAGAAGUGAUUUUUUCGUUGAAAUCCCAUUUGGAAGAGAUGAUGAGAAGGGACCUGUAGAUUCUCUAAACGUCAGUGUAGCAACGGCAUUGCUAAUUAACUAUCUUCUCAAAGGUUCAAAUAUGUAA